AUGCGUCGUCGUAAGCAGCAGCGGCGGAACCAUUCCAAAAUGCUUCCGAGCGGAGGGCAACUGUUGCGCACGAACAGUCGUUCAAGUGAUGAGCUCGAUGCAUCCGAUCCAGAGGAUGGUAGCAAGGCUCAUUCAGAGAGAUCGCGAAAUACCUUGGAUGACUUUCUCCAUGUGUUGGAGCACCUCCACGGUUCCUCAGCGAAGCACAAGCUCGAUGAUGCCCAGUAUGUGAUCGGUUGCAGCGACAUGAACGAUGUCGUUAAAUUCAUAGCAAGGCUGGAGGGCAGGUUCUACGAGGAAAGACGUCAGCGGCUUGAUAUGGAGAUGCAGCUGCAGGCAAUGACCGCAGCCAAUUGCACACUUCACUACAACCUGACGUUCAUGAUGCUGCACACCAACAAACUCACGUGGGAGCUUUGUAGCGCCAACCAGCAGCUGGAGGAGCUCACCAGUUGGCUCAUCCAGCCAUGCCAUUGGCAAGACACGUCGGAAGAACAGCCUAGCUCGGGCGUUGUGUCCUAUCCGGAGUACGGCAGCUCCUUCGGCAGCCUCGACAACAACGAGAGCUCCAGCCGUGGCAGCACACACAGUAACGAAAGCUCCAGCUGCGACGAGAGCGCCGUUUGUGGCAGCACCAACAGCAAGGAGAGCGCCUGUGACAGUGACGACGGCACCGACGGUGGUCGCAGCACUUGCUUGCCCCCCGAGCAGUGGCCGCCUUGCAAUGAAGACCCCGAAGACGGAGAGUGGGUCUUUAUUCCAGAGGGUGGCAGUGACGAGGAGCAUCAGCUUGGUGAGAACCGCGCAGCUUGCAGCCAUACCUUCGCAGCGGCCGAGGUGAAUCUCAAUCUCACGACUAUAGACGACCCAGAGACCCCAAGCGGACCUUCUCUGCUUGAGUUGCCGAGAAGCAUCGAGAUCAGCUCUGACGACCGGUCUCAGUCCACAAGAUCACGAGAUUCGUCGCAGGAUUGCGGUCCGCGAGAUGAUCGGGUUGACGCAUCUUGCCAGACGGACUUUGUGGACUGCGCUGUCCGCAGUUCCUUGCAGGAGACCUCAGCGACGACGUGUUUCGCAAAAGGAGAUGGGGAGUGUGCUCCCUACGACCUCCUUCUGCCAGACAUGUUGCCAUACCUCAGCGUGACAGAUCUGCUGAAAUGGUGUCAACUUUCUCGCCAGACCAGAAGUCAGGAGGCCUUGAUCGAGCACGUGGCCGAGAUGGGCAGCAUGGACAGGCGCGGUAAGGUCUUCGUGCAUUCCACGAGCCGAGUCCGUGUUGUCAAAACCACCGCUUCGGCAAGAUGA